AUGGCAAUACUUAGCCGUGUCAUUGUUUUUACAUCAUGUGCAACGACCUUCGUUGGAACCGCGUAUGUCGUUGGACUUGCUCUUAGUCCUCCGCCUUCUUACGCGGUGAGUGAUAGGCAGCGUAUCGAACGUUAUAAUGUUUUGUCAAUUGAAAGCGCCUACGACAAAAAAACUCGGAGCCAAGAGUUUCUCCUCGGUAUAAGCCGAUUGCGCCGACGACUGUUGUGGGAUGAAGGGCUGCUACGGGGGCGUGUGCUCGAAGUUGGUGCUGGGUGCGGUGGUGUUCUGUCUUAUUACGACGCUGUAGUGAGUUCCGCAAGUGAUCCGCCAACGGUGAACGGUAGUACCGAAGAAGAUCAUGCCGCAAUAAAACAGAAUACCGUAACUGAGGUAGUUUUAUGCGAUCGCUCCCCCGGGAUGAUCCAGUCGACAGCGGAGCAGGUUUAUCGGCGUUAUGGGUACCAACCGUAUCGUUACCCAGACUACGAUUUGGUUGAAAUGCAGGUUGAUACGCGAACAUCUGUGGAUGAAUAUAAGGAAAAUACCGCUGCCAGUGAGAUGCCUGGCAGGCGUAGUGUCAUGGAAGGACCCCCUGUGGAAACCCAACAGUUGAGGGAGUGUGGCACUGGUGUUACCGAGACCACUCUCGCGAAAGGGUGUUUAACCGCGGAAGAUGGAAAUGGUGCCCAAGGCACCAAGGAAUUGGUUCCUCCCAUUCUUUCAUCCGCUUUCUCCGGUACUACACUUCCCCUUCUAAGCGAAAGUGGCUUAACUGAGUUAAAAAAGCGCGAAUCAGAGGGGGAAAAGAGGAUUCUCCAUGAUGGAAGUGCCGCAAAGAAUCAAACCUUCUCUGUGGCAAAUUAUGCUGCCGAGCAAAUGCCCUUCUCGGACAAUAGUUUUGACACUGUUGUUGAUAUGUUCGGGUUAUGCAGUUAUGAUGACCCAGUGAGGGCACUCAGGGAGAUGUCACGAGUGUGUAAACCCGACGGGCACUUACUUCUGCUUGAGCACGGCAAGGGACACUGGUCACGUGUUAACAACUACCUCGACAAGUGGGCACCACGGCAUGCUAAGAUGUGGGGAUGUUGGUGGAACAGAGAUAUUCAGCGGUACCUUCGCCUAGCUGGAAUUACCAUAAUUAAAAAGGACGAAAGACACUUUGGUACAACACAUUACAUUGUGGCGCGGCCUUUCAAAAUGAUGGAUGAAUUGGAAGACUAUCGAUCAUCACUCUCGGAGUUGUAA